ACCAGAACCAUAUCCGUUUGUUGUCGGGCAAACCCUUUCAUGACUUUCAGAACAUCUUAGUCUUGCAAUGCAGACUUCCACUUGCACACACACACACACAGAUGUUAUGUCCAUGUGAAGAAUACACAGCAUAAUAAGUUAUAAUGCUGAUCAUAAUCAUUAAUUACAAUUUUAUACCCUCUUCCUACACUGCCUGUAAUUGGAUCAAAGGCGGUUUAUUUUCAGGAAUUCCUGUGAUGCCCAAGAUGAAUUUUUGGCAAUCCUAAACAAUCUGGAGACAGAUUUGGUGGAGAGAUAGUGAUGUAGUAUUACUCCUUGACCAUGGAAUCUGUCUGCACAGAAUGUAACCCACACAUUACAAGUUCACUGAACUGACUUUCCUCCCUCUGCAGGAAGUAUGUAAAUGUCAUCUAGUCCAUGUGUAAUCUAACCGGGUAAAACAAUUUAUGGCAUAGACACAGACAGGGAGGAUGCAUUAUUGGUUGAACAGCAAACCCAGUGACGGGGAAAAUAUGAAUAAAUAGAGGAAAAUGUCUGCAGUUGGUCAACAGUUUGCCAGGGGCAGCCAACCAGCUUUCAGCUCAACAGUGAAACUCAUUCACAAGUAACAUUAGUCAUCUAACUUUUUUUCAAGGGGCUAUAUAGGAGUUUUGCCAGCGGAUUCCAGAUCAAAUUGACAUCAGCAUCUCACAGCUAUUUCAAGAAAGUCACUUCUACAAAACUUGGACUUGUCUUAUUUUAAAACUUUUGAAUAAAUUAUGGCUGUUUUGGCUUCACCAAGGAUUUAUGUGUGCUUUAUCAUUGUGCUCUUGGGGCUAAUAAAUAUCUCCUUGGUUUCAGCAAGUUGUGCAUCUUGCCCCAUCACCCAUCCACAACAAAAGUUCUGCCAAUCAACAUUUGUAUUCAAGGUGAGAACGAUAUCAAUGCAGUAUGUGAACAGUAAUAAGGAAGCUGUACUCUAUGCAUCACAAGCCUAUGAUGUUCAGUAUAAAGUCAAGGUUGAGAAUGUUUUCAAAGGAGAAGAUCAGAUAGGAAAAGAAGGUCAAACUGUUUUCAUCUACUCACCUAAGAAUGUUUGCAACAUUGACAAACUAGAGAUGGGCAUCAGAUACCUAAUUAGUGGGAAUAUGAAAGGAGACAAGAUGGAGGUGACAACCUGUGGUAUUGUUGAGAAGUGGACCAAACUUUCCCCAUCACAGAGGAGAGGAGUGAGAGGUUUCUACCAGUCACAAUGUUCAGGAUGCAAGGUAUAUGGAACAUCAAUUCAGCGUCUCUUCGGCAAGGAUGCAAUGGAUCCAAUGAGCUCUGGUCUUUGGAGUCGCCAGCGUUGCUUCUUCAACCCUAUUGCUUCUCUGACUCAUGGAAGUGAAGACUGUGAGACUAAGUAUGCCUACUGCAUGCGUCAAGAGAAUGGGGUAUGCACCUGGGAAGGAGGUAAUGCCUACGAUAAAUGCUUCCAAGAAAGAGAGUACAACUGGCAACUGAUGAAGUUUGGUCAGAUUGGACUUGCUGCCUGGACUUGUCCUGAGCAGUGCAAGAACCUUACAACCAGGAAACUCAGAUUUAAGUGCAAGAAAGCCACAAGGAAGAUGCCUCCCUGCAACUCUGGGGAUACUGUCAGAGAGUUUACUCCUAAUGCCGUCCGCACAGUAGUUCCUGAAAUGCCUGAAGAGCGCACUACGGUCCAACCGAAUUCACUGCAAGAAAAUCCAGUGACUGUUAAUCCCAAUGUGAUCCAAGAAGUUCCUGCAUCAAGAUCUUCAACAGUUUCAGGUGUUCUCUCAGCUAUGCUUCAUGAAGAUUAGACAGGUGUCAUAUUUCUGGACUGAAUCACAUAUCAAAGUUUUCCAUGGAUUAGUCUAAUCUCAUUCUGAAAAUGGUUUUGGAGUGCAUAAUCAAGAUAUAAUGGACUACCAAAAGCAGCAUUACUUAAUGUCUGUAUAAUAAACUGUUAUUCAAUGUCAUCACUCUAGAUAUUUGCAUUAAAAAAAAGUUGUCGUUUAUACAUUAACAUUGUGUAAGGGAUAUAUAUAUAUAUACUUAUAUAUAUUUUUUUUACAAAAUUUCCCUUCUAUGUACACAGACAAGCAUGGAUUAAAAAACAAAAAACAACAACAUAAAAUGGAUUCUAGUGGUUUGUGAAAUUAUAGAAUGACAUGUGGGUUUGACUACCAUGCAUUCAAAAGAUAUAUUAUCUGAAACUAAAUGAUGACAAAUGUUUGUAUGUACAGAAUAAAAAAAUAUGAAUGUAAAGCAUUUAUAUAUUCUCUCCUUUUACUCUUAAAAAUAUAUACAAUUAACUUAAAAGAUGUUGAUAUAGGUAAACUGAUGAGUAUUUUCAUCCAAUAUUUUGAUUUACAAUUAUCUACUUUGUAAACUAUUAAUCAUGAUUAAUUUAAUGUAUAUUCAUAAUACCACACUUCCUACUUUCUAUAUACAUACAAAAUAAUACAACUCCUUUCUGUAUCACAUCUUACUCAAGAGGGAGAUAGAAAGAAACUAAAAGAUACAUACGAGACAAAAUAUUGAACAUCAUAUCGU